AUGAAGAAGUCAGGUUGGCUAAUAAAAAUAAUUACCAGUUUAGCAGUGAUAAACUAGAAACGCCCCCGGUCAGCCCGAAACAGCCGCCGGCGGCCUCCUCGGUUUCCCUGACCCUGACCGCCGUCGAAGGACCGAAACCCCUGAAGAUCACCAUCAACAGCGUGAUGCAGGGCGUCAAGCAGGUCUGCACUUUUCUGUUUCCAUCCGAAACCGGGAUAUUGAAGGCCGUGGUUCUGGUGAACCCGAUGUGCACUGUCCGAGAUCUGAAAGGAGCCGUGGAGCAGGCCACCGAAGUGAGCAUGGUCAAGCAGCUUCUGCUCUUCAACAACGUCGAGCUCAAGUUCAUAAUUAGUGAUUGAAUUUUCUUUACUAAUCAUUUGAUUGAAGGAAUGAUGACAGCAAAAUAAUUGACUGUGGAAUCGUUUCCGACUGCACGGUCAUUAUGAACGUCAAGAUGAGCACUGGAAUCGUUGCGUGGGUUUUUGAGCUCGUUCGAGUCUUUUUAUAAAGAUGGGUAUUUCUUUUCAAAGUUUUAGGAGAUUAAAUUACUCAAAAAUUGUAAUUCAUUAGAUUGUAUAAGAAUUUCUUUGCCCAAGGAAGGUCCUGAAAAACAAAAUCUCAGUUUUUGAGAAAGGAAGUCUAAAUGUUUCGAAAAAGAAAAUCAUUAUUCUAACCUUUAAUGAUUUUUUGAAGUUUUGAGCAUUAUUUUGCGGGAACAAAUUAUUGGAAUAGUCGGGACUUUCAGGAUAUUUAUUUGGUACGUCGAGAAAUAUGCAAAGUGAAACCAGAUUCUGUAAAUACUGUUUAUAGGAAUCCAACACAAAACGUCAUCUUUUUUGUUCCUUUUGCUCUGCCAGAAAAUCCAGACACGUUGCGGAAAACAAUCAAAGUAGGUAUUUUUAUCCGCAGUAAACUAUUGGAUGUUUCCAGGGAAUGAACAGUGUUAGAAGACCCAAAAAGGCGCCUCUGAGUGCCGAUAAAAAUUCGAAUAUCUGGACACCUGAGAAACACCUGGAAGCCGAGCUCACAAGAAAUCGCAUGAAGGUUCUUUUCCUAUAUCUUAUGAUUUUUCAACUUUUUUUUAUUUUAGUCGCUGCUGAAAAGAAAAAAGAAAACGAUUUUGUCGGACACUCCAAUAGACUCUGGUCAAAGCUCUGUGCAAACGUAAAGCUGCCUUUCAGAAAGAAUCACGAAAAAAGAAACUUGAAGUUAUUCGCCAGUCGCAACUCCGCCAGAGUACAAUACUCCGGAUGGAACUAGCCAAUUAUCAAGUCCGACCGGCGGAGGUUCCGUCGAAGACGCUGUCGUCACCGAAAAGGAAAUCAAAGUAGGACCUCAUUUGUGAGAUCUUCUAAUUCGAAAAUGUUGCAGCUCUUUUUCGACCCUCCAGAAACCAUGUCAGAGCUGAAUCGGGCUCGGCGCGAACUUUUCUUGCCUCCUCAAGAUGAAGUUUUUUUUAAUUAAUUAGUCUGGUCUAAUUUGAUUGGUUUACAGUAUGAGUUGAAAACAAUCAAAGAGAAGAGAGAGGAAGAAAAGAAGACGCGAUGUAGCGUCAGUUUCCAGGGAAAAACCUCAGAAAUCGUUGAAUUUAAGUACUGUACGAAGAAACUCCCGCUCAUGCAGCAGACCAUGAAAUGCAAGUGCGACCGACUGUUCUGUGACCGCCACCGACGGCCAGAAGUUCAUAUGUGCCGCAUCGACUACAAGCAGGAAGGAAGGCGCAAGCUGCGGCGGGUCGGUUGCAGGAAAACUGCGGGAUAAAUCUGAACGCGUUCUAGGAACACACCAAAGUCGGUGGUGGCGGUGAACGCAAAGCGCAGUUCGGCAUCCAAAAGUGA